AUGCAAACCGGCCCUGCUGAGGAAGGAACCCCUGUGGAGGACGCAGGGGAAACCGUGCCUCAGGACGGUACCAAAGACCACAAUGAAAGUUGCACGGAGCAGGCGAGAGACUCUCCAAAGAAAACUGACCUAACCGAUGUUAACAGAAAGAAUCAGUCGGUGAAUGGCUUUGCCGCUAACAUCGCCAUGGAGGCCCUUGCGAAGGCAUCCGCAUUUAUUUCAAAAAAUGAACGCAUCCACAAGGAGUACAGCGGCGUGGGGCUAAACGACCCAGAAGAUAACCAGAACUCGUGGGAGCGCCCGGACGUCAACGGAAACACUGUAUCCCCGGGUGGUGUGAAAAUCGGGCCAAGCAGGAAUGUCUUACAAGGGGCUCACUUCAUCAUGCCGGGAACGGACAAGGAACUGCAGGAAAAACUGAAGAACCGACGGUCUACCAUGUAA